AUGGAUUCAGGAGAUUACAAGGAGGGAUAUUAUAUUGGUGUUGAAGUACCUGAUAAUGAUUCUAACGCAAAGAAGCCAUUUUACGGGCCAAAUGUUUGGCCCUCCACAGAUAUUUUGCCUGGAUGGAGGCGAACUAUGGAGAAAUACCAUCGAGAAGCACUUGAAGUGGCAAAAGCAAUUGCAAGACUCAUAGCCCUUGCACUUGACCUUGUGGGCAACUUUUUUUAUCAGCAAGAAAUGCUUGGCAAGCCUAUUGCCAUGUUGCGCCUGCUACAUUAUGAAGGUCUAAUAUCUAAUCCCACAAAGGGAUUAUAUGGAGCCGGUGCCCAUUCUAAUUUUGGUUUGUUACCAUCUUGGCCACGGAUGAUGUUGUUGGUCUCCAAUUAUGCAAGCAUAAGGAUGCCAAACCUCAGAUCUGGGAAUAUGUGGCACCAUUGA